CCAGCGGCUUAGUAUUGUGUUUUUACGAGCAGUGGUUAGUUAAGCGAUUAAUUAACAACACAACGGGUGGAUACAGGCAUCAAAACGAGCAAACCCCCUCGGGAGAGCAGCCACGACGACAGUGGGGAGUGACGUUUGAUUUGUCCAAAAGACGCUCGCAGGAAGUGACGCCUCCCUGUACGCGACGGGCGGGAUAUCCGCAGUAGUAAGCUAACUAAUAACAUGGCGAAGACUUACGAUUACUUGUUUAAACUACUUUUAAUCGGCGAUUCCGGCGUUGGGAAGACCUGCGUGCUUUUCAGAUUUUCAGAAGAUGCCUUCAACUCAACGUUUAUCUCCACGAUAGGUAUUGACUUCAAAAUCAGAACAAUAGAAUUAGAUGGAAAGAAGAUCAAGCUACAGAUAUGGGAUACAGCAGGACAGGAGAGGUUCAGGACUAUCACAACAGCCUACUACAGAGGAGCCAUGGGCAUCAUGUUAGUGUAUGACAUUACCAAUGAGAAGUCCUUUGAAAACAUCAAGAACUGGAUACGGAAUAUAGAAGAGCAUGCAUCAGCAGACGUGGAAAGGAUGGUCCUCGGGAAUAAGUGUGACGUUAAUGACAAGCGUCAAGUGUCCAAAGAAAGAGGAGAGAAGCUGGCGCUGGAGUACGGUAUCAAAUUUAUGGAGACCAGUGCGAAGGCGAACAUCAACGUGGAGAAUGCCUUCUUAACGCUCGCCAGAGACAUUAAGGCAAAAAUGGACAAGAAGCUGGAGGGAAACAACCCACAGGGCAGCAAUCAAGGAGUAAAGAUUACAGAACAACCCAAGAAGAGCAGUUUCUUCCGCUGCACGCUGCUGUGAGAAGACGAGUGCGUCGGCAACCACCAUCGCCUUAACCGUGUCCCCCCACUGGACAUAACUGGACAGAGCACGCUGAUCUGUUUUAUCCUUCUUCAUUUGUCUUCCUCCUCCUUCUGAUUUGUCCCGUCAUUAUGUAAUUAGGAAAAGGAAAAGUCUCCCCCCCACCUUGGUUUACCAGUCUUCCUUUAAUACCUGUGGAUCUAACUGCUGUGGGCUCUGUUACAUAUUUAAUCUCAUUUCUUUUUUCUCCCCCAUUAAUUAAUAUUUUCAGUGUAGGCACAAGAGUGAAAGAUGCUUAAUGGUCACGUCCUUAAAUACUAAGAAAGAUUCAACCUUUCGGCAGUGACGGAUAAUAAUUAAGGGAUUUGUUCAUCAAAUUUGAGAGUUUUAAUAUCUACGUAACUAAAGAGGCUUAUUUUUUAAGCAGCCGUUUCCUGAGUUUAUCAUGUUCAAAAGCUGAUUGUGCACAGCUAAAUACCAUAUGGAUUGGAUACAAAAAAAUCUUAGAGAUUAAGGACGUUGCAUGUACAACAUUGCCAAAACUCUGUGCACAGAAGAGCACUAACCAGAGGAGAAAGAGAAGUGGGAGACCUCAGUGCCCAGCUGAACAACAACAGGACAAGUCUGAGAAACACAGAGAAACGCCUCACAGUUCCUCAUCUGGCAGCUUUUUAAAAGAAUGUAUUUGUCUAGACUAGUUUUGAAGUGAGUAGGAAGUGCCGUUGCAUUUCUUUGAACAAGAAUAUAACUUUUUCAGGUGCGUUUUGAGCCUUUAAUCCAACACAAAGGCUGAUUCUCCCGACGCUGAACUAGCCGCAUUGUUUGCUUCUUUAGUCAGCACAGCAUUCUUCAGCUUCUUACAUGAUAAACUUGCGUUAGGUGACACGAUGCAACAUUCGAAGCCAGAGGCGAUGGUUGCUGAAAACAGGUUCCUGAUGAAUCAUUCCAUUUAUCAUUAAUUUAAUGUGCUAUUACGCUAUUACAUAAAAACAAAUAUCCUUUUCUUUCAAAAGGAAGGACGGUCCCCAGUCACCAUAAACCUUUAGGCAGCGCUGUAUUUGAUCCUUAUGACCAACAAAAGACCAGAUUAUACUUAAAGAAUACGUGUAUUACACUCAUUUGUUUUUCUAAUAUUUUGAUUGUCACCUGUGCUUCCAAAGUGAUGCGUACAAUCCCUGAACCCCACACACACAAGAUAUUAUACUAGAUAUUUGUCCUGACAGGGUGGUCUAGCUCUUUCCUUACUGUCCAAAUCUAUGUAAAUGCAUUGUGUUAAUAUAUAUAUAUAAUUGAUUAUGAUUCACCAUAUUACACAGUAAUGCCAGCACAUGUCACUCAUCAUAUCCACAGUGGGGUUUACGUGUCCUUUCUUCUCGUGUCUUCUGCUAAAACAUUCCAGUUCUCUUUAAUGUGCAAUGUAAUGUAUGGAAGAGCCCUGAUUUUUCUCUUGUGUUCACAUGUCUGCAGUAGGUUUGGGUUUUUAGAAGGGGGGGUAAUUUAAGGGCACACACAUGCUCCUUUUUGAUGUUGCUUUCCACACCGUUUUAGCAAUACCUACACUGACCACCUGGAGGCAACUUCAGCUACACAGCAGAAAGAGUCACAGCAAUGGUGGAAGUGUGGUUUUACGCAUUUGUACUUGUUCCGGUUGUCUGUUCCAAUGGGGGAACAUAAACACAACUGUUUCCUGGGCCUUGGAUAUGUGCUGUGCUGUAGCAGUAUUUAUGGAGUGAAAGAAAUCAUAGCACCAAAAUGACAAAGUGCCCUUUUAUGUUCUUCUUGAUUAUGCACUUUUCUUCCUUUUUCUUUCUGUUUUGGAAAAAAAAAGAUUUCUUAACAUUUAUUGUCUGUGUUUAUUGCAAGUCUUAACUGAAAGCAAAUCAUUUGCAUGCACAAGAUUUCCACAGAGCCUCUCUGGGCUUCUUUAAAACAUCUGAGCACUGAAACCAGAAAUCUAGAGAUUUUCUUUUUGUUUUCACAACAUUUUUUUGUUUGUUUGUUUAUGCAUUCGCGUAUCUUCUAAUGCUUUUGGAAACCACCUUCUUCCACCUCUCCUCCUGUGUUGUUUUGGUCCAGUAUUACGACCAUCUAAUCUAUGCAUUCUUGGUGCGUAGGAAACCUCAAAAGGCUUUGCACAGUUGAUUUAAUGAGCUUUAUUUGAGAUUAGAAUUGUGCAGAGGAUCCUUGAUCUUGUUUUAUUAUUUUCUGCUGUCACUCCAUGCAAUUACAUCGAGAGCUCAUCAGAGGACGAAAAAUAGGAAAUUGAGCAAAUCACGUCAAAGGCCAGAUAAGCAGGUCCUUUGAAGCGGUGCUGAAGAGUCAUCGAAUCAAACCUGUAACAAAACGGUUUCCCUGUGGAUUUAAGGAAAUGUCAGCUUUGCUGGUUUAAAUUUGUUUCGGCUGUUUCUUAAAAUCACUCUCAGUUAAAAUCAGUUCACAGCUUGAUGAAAAUUCAGCAUUGUGAGCUACAGUCUGCCGUUGCUUUAUUCUGUAAUUCUCUCCCAAAUGUGACAGUUCUGUGUUCACAUAUCUUAAGCAUUCCUGAACUACAAUUGGCUUUCUUCGCUGAUUACUGAUGGGCUUCAUGUGGAAUAAAGUAAAUAAUUCAGCAAUUGUAAAUAAGAUCUACAAUGAUUGUACUGUAGUUUCAUAAAUCUUAUUGAUCUACACUUUUUGUAGAUAUGUGUACUUUUGAUGAUUUAUUAAAAAUGAGAUUCUUAUAUGUG